UCUGGAUUAAGGCUGGCAUCCCGCCUUGCUUAGCCUUCAACUUCUCAACUGGAGCCUCGAACCACACGCCAUAAUUUCAACACUUGAUAUUCGACGAGAGCUCUACAGAUAUCCCGCCCGAGGUACAUACGGUCACAGCUGCAGCCGGAAAGACUCGCACUUGGGCAUCCUCGUCCCGCUUUCACCGACAGCGCUCACGGGCCCGGUCAAAGCAGUCGAAAGAUGAACGUCGACACCAUCUCAGAUUUCCUCGCCGAGCAGCGGGACAAUGCGCCCGAGGAGCUGCAGCCGUUGGUGCUCGAGUUCGAAACACUAUGGGAGCGCAAGCUGUGGCACCAGCUCACAAACCAGCUCAUCGAGUUCUUCAACCACCCCGGUAGCGCCCCGCAGCGCCUCCAGCUCUACAAGGUCUUCAUCCUCAAGUUCGCCGACAAGAUCAACCAGCUGAAGCUUGUCGACCUCGCCCUGAAGGCGGCAACACAAUGUAGAGACAACCAAGAGCGCCUGCACUUCAUGGAGGCGGUCGUCAAGAAGGUGGACCACGAAGACUCGCAGGAUGCGCUGGUAUUCGCCACCAUCGCCGUGGCGCGCGUGAAGCUGGACCUCAACGACCUGGACGGCGCAAGGAAAGACCUGGACCGGGCCGAGCGGGUCCUCGACAGCUUCGACUCGGUCGAGACCAUCGUGCACGCCGCCUUCUACGGCGCCAACGCCGACUACUACCAGGCCAAGGCUGACUUUGGCUCGUACUACCGCAACGCGCUGCUGUACCUGGCCUGCAUCGACAUCAAGCAGCUCAGCCCCGCCGAGCGGCGCAACCGGGCCUACGACCUGGCCGUGGCCGCGCUGGUGAGCACGAGCAUCUACAACUUUGGCGAGCUGCUCUUGCACCCGAUCCUGGACGCACUCGCCGACAAGGACAACGAAAAGGACGACAACAAGUGGCUGCGCGAGCUGCUCUUCGCCUUCAACCGCGGCGACCUGCAGGCCUACGACGUGCUGGCCGACCGCAUCGCAUCGCACCCCCUGCUUUCCCAGCACGCCCGCCAGCUGCGCGAAAAGAUAUACCUGGCGGCGCUGACCGAGGCCGUGUUCCGCCGCCCGCCCCACGACCGCGCCAUGACAUUCGCCACAAUCGCCGCCGAGACAAAGGUGCGGCCCGACGAGAUCGAGCACCUCAUCAUGAAGGCCCUCAGCCUGGGCCUGCUGCGCGGCACCAUCGACCAGGUCGACGAGGUGGCUCACAUCAACUGGGUGCAGCCCAAGGUGCUCGACAUGAAGCAGAUCGAGAACAUGCGCCAGCGGCUGCAGGAGUGGGACUCGAGCGUCAAUCAGCUGGGCAACUGGAUCGAGAAGGCGGGGCAGGAUGUGUGGGCCGUGUGAGAGGAUGGUGCUGGUAGAGGGAAAAGUCAUUUGUACGAUACCUAUGCAUAAUAGACACGACAGAUGCUGUCAUGGCCAGAGCUAACCUGGGUGUCUAAUCAUUCAACGAUGAAGACUGCAUUCGCAGCCCAUCUCAAGUCCUUCCUAAGGACCAAUAUAUCUACUUGAAUCAACUUCCCAAAUGUGACCGAUACGCCUUCCCUUCUAUUCCCGCUUCCAACAAUCAAUCAGAAACACACAUACACACCUACUCACCCUUCACCUUGCCAUCAUCCCCUGCCCAUGCCCCAUUUGACCGCCGUGCAGAAGCAGAAGCAGGAGCGGGACGCGCCAGAACAAUUAACUGGCCCGCCAACCAAGCCGGCCACCAGACACACCAC